AUGGCACGCAGAGGCACACGUUUCUGCUGUUGUGCCUUCCCCCUUGUAAAGUUUGGGGCGUAUCUGCUCGUGAUUGAAACGGCAUUCGUGGCCUUGUGUUUAGGCAUUCUGGCGCUGGCUCCUCCGCCGAUUGUGGGUGGCAUGGAUGCCAUUCCGUCGUGGGGCAAGUAUGUCGUGGCUGUUAUUGCCUUUGUUCUAGCCGCAUGGCAAAUUUUGGGUCUCUGUACCGUGGUCACUGACUCUCCAUGGUCGUAUAAACAGUAUUCGCGCAUGAACUUCUUGGCGACGGUCGUACUUUUGUGCUUCACAAUUGCUUUCACAGUGACAGCCGCCGCUAAACACAAUGAUGCAAUUGAAGCUUGCUUGAACGAGUUCGAGCGCCCGCUGGCCAACGAUGGCUAUGGCGUCGAAGAGGUGCAGGAUCGUCUUGACGAGGGCCGUCACGAUGUGUGCAACUAUCUUGGCUGGGCGGAUGUCGGUCUGAUGGGCGGCCUCGUCGUGGUGGUGGGUCUCUUGCAGCUGUACAUGUGCUACAUGCAGGGCCAGUACGGUAAGCGGCAACGUGCUGCUCAGAAGGAGUCCCUGUCGCAGCAUGAUGCUGGCUCCUUCCCUAUGAACCCAACAUCCACCUGGACCGACCCAUCGCACGGUGCCAUGUCCACAGGCACAGUUCUCCAUGCUCCCUCGCAUCGUAAUGCUUAUGAGCCCGUCAUGCUGCAAGACAACUCGACGCGGCCCUUGUACCAAACAUACAGCCAUUAG